CAAAUUAGCAUCCUCCCCUAAGCCCUAAUUGACUAAUUCACUACUACGCUGAACACCAGCUUCCCGCCGCCUCACCCGCCAAUUUCCCGACGCCGGCGCUUCUCUGUCAACCGCCCUGCCUCUCUGAUGCUCGUUCAUGCCUUGCCCCGCCUAGACGCCUUGCUCCGGCUCGGCAGUUGAUGAUUUGAUGCUGCACUGGCAGUUCCUGCGUGGCAUUGAAUAGGCCUUUCUCUUUCUCAGGAUGGAUGCAUCAGUAGUGAAGGUUAUGGGCAUGACAUGGUAUCGUGCUCAAUUAUCUCAGGCUCAAAGAUCGAAACGAUCUUCCGUGAGAGCUGGGAUAUCAUGUGCUCUAACGUUAAAGACAGGAACAAAAAUUUGUCCACUACGAAGUUGCGCUAGUGUCUCAUCCCCUUUCUAUGCAUCUAGAACCAUGUCAUCCUUUGGAUGUGAGCUUUUGAACUCUGGGAUUCCCAUAAAUGUUUCCUUUUAUGGGUUAGUAGGUGGACCAUGGCCGACUAGUUGUGCUAGUAAUAGCAUCAGAAGGACAUAUUCCCAAACAACAAAGGCGGGUACACGAAAUCGUAUUAUUUCAAUGGAAGGAGGGACUGCUGAGGUGCCAGAUAGCUCCAAAAAGAUAUCUGGGGCCAAGAAGAUUAGAAAAGGCAAAAGCAAACAACCUAAAGUAUCCCCAGAGGUGCAGACAGUUGCAGAAGUAGUUGAAACCGUUGAUACACCUAAGACAGUUCAAAAGAAAGUGAAGAGGAGCCCUGCUAAAAAGAAAAAACCUAGUGUGGAAUCUAGUUCUCUUCCCAAAUCCAAUGAAGAUUUUGCAGGAAAAUUAAAUCUCAAGGCUUCGCCUACCCUUUCUUCUUGUGUGGUUACUAAAGCAAAGUCUCAAGGCGGAAAGGCUUGGCCUCAAUUAUAUCCACCUAUUAGUAAAUCUGUGGUAGUGGUUGAGUCAGUCACGAAGGCAAAAGUCAUUCAAGGGUACCUUGGUGAAAUGUAUGAAGUCCUUCCAAGUUAUGGCCAUGUAAGGGAUUUGGCUGCAAGAUCAGGAUCAAUAUGACCUGAUGAUGACUUCAGUAUGGUGUGGGAAGUCCCAUCUCCCGCCUGGUCUCAUCUUAAGAGUAUCAAGGUUGCAUUGAGUGGGGCGCAAAAUCUUAUUCUUGCCUCAGACCCUGAUCGUGAAGGAGAGGCUAUUGCCUGGCACCUAAUUGAGAUGUUGCAGCAACAGGAUGCACUUCGUGAAGAUAUCAGCAUUGCUAGGGUUGUUUUCAAUGAAAUUACUGAAUCAUCUAUUAAAAGUUCUCUUCAAGCUCCACGGGACAUAGAUGCUGAUUUGGUUCAUGCUUAUCUUGCUCGGCGUGCUCUUGAUUACUUGAUUGGCUUCAAUGUUUCUCCUCUACUUUGGAGGAAACUACCAGGUUGCCAGUCUGCUGGUCGUGUCCAGUCUGCUGCUUUAGCUCUCUUAUGUGAUCGAGAAAAGGAGAUAGAUGACUUUAAAUCUACAGAGUACUGGACUAUCAAUGCUUGUUUCCAGAAUAACAAUCUGAACUCAACCAACAAUGCCACUGUCACUUCACAUCUAACACAUUUUGAUUCCAAAAAGCUGAAUCAGUUGUCAAUCAGCUCAAAUGUGGAGGCAAAAAGUAUUGAAGAGAAGAUUAAUCUAUCUGAGUUUGAAGUGAUUGGCUCGAAAAUCAGCAAAACCAGGAGAAACCCACCCAUGCCGUAUAUAACAUCAACAAUCCAGCAAGAUGCAGCAAACAAAUUAAACUUUGCAGCUUCAUAUACCAUGAAAGUUGCACAAAAGCUUUACGAGGGAGUUGCAUUAUCAGAUGGAAAGGCCACCGGACUGAUAACUUACAUGAGAACUGAUGGCUUACACUUAUCUGAUGAAGCUGCAAAGAGCAUUCAAAACUAUGUUGUUGAAAAAUAUGGGCCGAAUUUUGCAACAAAGUCUACUCGCAAGUAUUUCAAGAAGGUUAAAAACGCUCAGGAAGCCCAUGAAGCCAUUAGACCCACUGAUAUCCGUAGAGUACCGUCUAGCCUUGCUGGGGUUCUUGAUGCAGAUUCCCUGAAGUUAUAUACUCUUAUAUGGUGUCGGACGAUGGCAUGCCAAAUGGAACCUGCCAUCAUUGAGCAGUUACAAUGUGAUAUCGGAAAUGCUGAUCAAUCCAUUGUGUUUCGUUCUACAUGCUCAAGGGUUGAAUUUUUGGGAUAUCAGGCAGCUUAUGCGGAUGCUGAAACCAUCAGAGUUAGACAUAGUGACGAUGAUGGUGGUCAACGUAAUGAUGUAUUUGAGAUAUUGAGUAAAUUGAAAUAUGGUCAGCCAUUAUUCUUGACUAACGUACAGCUUGAUGAACACCAUACAGAUCCUCCGCCCCGCUAUUCUGAGGGCUCAUUAGUAAAAAAACUAGAGGAACUCGGUAUCGGAAGACCUUCUACAUAUGCAACCACUAUUAAGGUGCUAAAAGAUAGAAAAUAUAUAACAAUGAAAAGUAGGGCAUUGAUUCCUGAAUUUCGUGGUCGCAUGGUCUCAGCAUUUCUUUCACAUUAUUUUUCGGAGGUGACAAAUUACAGUUUUACUGCUGAUAUGGAGGCUGAACUUGAUAAUGUAUCUGGUGGAAUAACUGAAUGGAAAGGCCUUCUGAAAGAUUAUUGGACUAGAUUUAGCAAGUACUGUGAGAGUGCUAGUGGUGUCCACAUCCAUCAGGUUGAGAAAAUGUUGGAAAAAACAUUUGGUGACUUCUUAUUUUCUUCUCUUCGUGACGGAAAUAGGACUUGCCCAAGCUGUCUGGCUGGGACAUUAGUCUUCAAAGUUAGCAGGUUUGGUGCAGGAUACUUUAUUGGUUGUGACCAACACCCAAAAUGCAAGUAUAUUGCUCAAACACUCUAUGGUGAAGAUAAUGACGAUGACAUCCAGGACCAACAAAAGAGAAGUGUCGAGGAGCCAAAGUUGCUGGGCUUACAUCCAGCAUCUCAGGAUAAGAUUAUGCUGAAGUGUGGUCCAUAUGGACACUAUGUACAGCUUGGUGAAGACAGGAAAGGGCAUCCACCCAAGCGAGCAUCAUUGUCUCACAUAAAGGAUGUGGCCUCCGUCACGUUGGAUAUUGCCAUAGACUUGUUGCAGUAUCCAGUAACCUUGGGAAACCACCCAGAUGAUAGCCAACCCGUGAUUCUGAAGCUUGCAAAGGGUGGAUUUUCCAUCAGAGACAGGCGCACAAUUGCUCCCGUUCCCAAGAAUCUAAAACCCAGUGAGAUAACCUUAGAGAAAGGUUUGGAACUACUAAACGGUAAAGAUGUAAAGAGGUUUGGACGACCGAAGCAAAAAAAGAGUGCUGAACCGGUAGAGGCUAUGUAAUUUGUCAGGUAAUAUCUUGCAAGGCUUAUGUACUGGAAGGUGUGUAUUUCUUUCCUCCCUCUAAUUUUAAACUCGAGUUACUAAAUCUUUGCAUUUAUAUGUGUAUUAUUACUUUUUUUCUCAAGUGAACAUUUGGUAGGUGCCAGGGGAAGUUUGGUCAUGAUGUCCUUAUUCAUGUUUUACUUAUUGAAUAUGUUUCUUUUCAUGAGUGUGAUGGGAAAAUCCACUUCAUGAGAUCUGAUGGUAUGUAUUUCACUCAGCCAAAAUAUUAGUCAGAAAAUUCCAUGCUUAUCUCUCCUGAUAUGUGUAUAUGCACUCCCAUUCUUGACUAUUGUUCUUGUGAACAAUUUGAAAUCCACUUAUCAUUAGUUAAAUAGUGUAGCUUUUGAAGUUGUCACUGCUGGUUACCAUCGAAGUAUAUGGGACAUGAUUGGAUGAACUGCAAAUCCAUUUUGCCCCAUAUGUGGACACUACAAUACCUGCAGGUGGUUGAGGUGAAAAAACUUGUCAAGGAAAUGGGGAGAAAUUGUAUCUUUUGAAUAUGCGAAGAAAUAUAAGAUCAAUCUGUUUAAUAAUGAAUCUCACUGUCAUAUGCUUUAACCACCUUUCAGGACUUUCUUCUUCUCAAGUUGGUAUAUAUUGUCCACUUCAAUAUCUGGUGCUCAGAUCUUUUGAUGAAUCUCUGCUCUUAUAGUUAUACUGUAUUUCUUUGUAAUGUAUCAUCACUUCUAAUCAUAUGGUAUUUGGCCUA